AUGUCAACGGUUGAACUAAAAUUAUCCAAGUUAGAUCAACGACUGAAGUUGGCUGUCAGCGAACGACGUUUCUAUGAGGCUCAUCAACUAUACAAGACCAUACAUUUCCGUUGUAUUAUGCGGAAAAAUUAUCAGGAAGCAUUAAAAUAUUUGAAACUAGGUUCUGAGUUUUUACUUGAUAAUGAACAAUGGGAAAGUGGUACUGAGUUAGCUUGCCUUGUACUUGAAGUGUAUAGCCAGAGUGAAACAGUUUUGACUGAAUCUCAUCUAGAUGAAAUUUGUGAACUUUUGAUACGAAUGUGUCCUGGUGAAGAAAGGACACGUUUCGUCCACAAGACACUUCAACUUCUACAGAAGCAAAAAGAUCUUCUGGCUGUGUUCAAUGGAUAUCUCGCUCGUGUAUUGUGGCAAGAAGGAUCUUUCAGUGAAGCAAGGUUGCGUAUCAUGUUAUCUUCUAAUGGCUAUGCGGCUGGUGUCUUCCUUGUUGCUUUGCAUCAGCGAUACGGGCUUCGAUCAGAAAUCGAUUUAUUUAUUGCACAAGCUGUCCUUCAGUUUUUAUGUAUGAAGCAAAUCUCAGUUGCCAUAUUAACGUUUUACACAUAUACACGACGUCACCCUCGUUUAGAGCCUGGGCCACCGUUUGCAGAUUUUCCUUUAUUAAAUUUCCUAUGGUUUCUGAUGUUAGCCAUUGAAAAGAAGUGCAGUCUGGCUGUAUUUUCAGUACUAUGUGAAAAAUACAGUCCCCAACUGAACAGAGACUCUUCUUAUUUAAAAUACUUGGAUAAAAUCGGCCAAUUAUACUUUGGUGUUAAACCUCCUGCAAAUGAAAUGAAUAAUUUUUUUUCACGGAUAAUGCAAAUGUUUAAUGAUGGAGACAAAAUGGAGGAUUCUGUGUCAAGUGAUGACUUAGGUCGUUGUGCGCUGAAUGGGAGUACCGAUGUAAAUUCACCAGAGGAAAUGUGUUUUGAAGAUGUGGAUUAAUGAUUUCGCAUAUAUCUCCACCAACUAUACAGUGCCUUUCGAUUUAGAGCUGGUAGUAUGCACAUACUCAUCUUUAUAGGCGGACUACAAAUACCUACCCACGUAACCGACAUUUGAAUUCUGAGCGUUUUUGGACAAUAAUUUUGUCUUGCAGUUAUGCUUUGUGGACCUGUUUUCCUCAUGCAUCUUCUAACAAAUAUUUAUUUAUUGGAUGAUUUUACUGUCGGUUUCUUUCUUUUUUUCCUGCUAUAAACUUCUUGAAAAUGCAC